AUGGUUCCUUCCUUUUUUAUCUUGGAUCUCGGCUGUGCGAAUAGUAUUCGACAUUAUUUAUUGGAAUGCGAGUUACCUCGUUAUAGACUGCGGGAAUAUUAUCAGUGUCAUGUGGAUGAGUUAUGUGAAGAAUUUCGACAAGAAUUAAUAAAAGAACAUGCACAAAUAUCCGAUGUACAACAAUGUGAUGCAGAAGAACAUAAAUUACAGUUGAAACAUGGAACAUAUAAAAGAUUAAAGGCAAAAGUCGAUUUACAAAUAGCCGGACAAAUCUACUUUUACAAACAUCACUCUCAAUCGUCAUCAAGUGACGCAGUCGACCAGGCAUGUUCCUCACUUCGUCAUCGUUUACUCUAUUUAAACCAAUUACAAUAUGAUAAAGUUCAAAAAAAUUUAGUUCAAGCAGUUGAUAAUGCAUUAGCUGGAUGUCGUGAAGAUGUUUAUUUUCGUCGUGAACUAGUGCAAUGGUCUGAUAUUGUUAAACUUAGAUUUGGAACAUGUUAUGAAGAUUGUCCAGCACUAUGGGAUUAUAUGAAAGAAUAUACCAGAUUAGUAGCGACAACAUUUCAUGGAUGUAGAUUGGAUAACUGCCAUUCAACCCCACUUGUGGUCGCACAAAUGCUCAUGGAUUAUGCGCGUGAGAUAAAUCCCAAUUUCUAUAUAUUAGCCGAAUUAUUUACAGGAAAUGAAGACACAGACAAAAUCUUUGUUAACAAAUUAGGAAUCAAUUCACUUGUAAGAGGUAACUGCCAUAUAUGUAUAGACUAAUCUUGAGGCAGAGACGACUUCUCAGUUUCGAGAUAAAUUCCAGUUUUUCUGAAACCAGAGUAAAUAAACGAUAAAACACCCAGAAUAUCAAGAAAGUAACGUCUAAUUCAAACGUUUAGCUUCGUUUUCUAUAUUAGCUUUAAAUAAUCUUAGUUAUUUUUGAUCGUUGCCUUUACAAUGACGUUUGAAAUAUCUCAUGAAAAAUUUUCUCCUGAAUAAUGGACAAUGAUCUAUCUAAUUAUUGAACAUAGAUUUAUUUAAAACAAAGAUUAUGUUAGAACAGAUCAUAUAUGGCUACAAUUCAACAGAAAUAGAUUUACAAUAUAGCAAAAAAUCAAAAAAGUGAAUAACUCGUUGUGACACAUUAGCGUAAAACCGACUUUUUAUACGGGGAACAGAAUCGGUUCAAAUUUUUUUUCUGAAGAGCUUAUUAUGUGAAUCGACCGGCAGCAAAAUAUCUCUUGAUUCAAAUCCCUUUUCGUAUUUUGGCGCGAAUAGUGGCGCCACUUAAAACGCGCUACUAUUCGCGCCAAAAUGUGAAAAGUGAUUUGAAUCAAGAGAUACUUUGCUGCCCGUCGAUUCACAUAAUAAGCUCUUCAGAAAAGAAAUUUGAACCGAUUUUGUUCCCCGUAUAAAAAGUCGAUUUUGCGCUAAUGCAAAAGUUAUUGUUCUUACAGAAAAACAUGAAUACUUUGAAACAAUUAAAUUCUACUAAUAAUCGAAAACGAACUAUCUCAAUGACUUCAACAACAACAGUAAAUUCUGAAGAAUCUAUCUGCACAGUUCAAAAAAAACCACGUCUAGAUAUUGAUGAUAGUUUCAGAGAAUUAGAUUCAGAAAUUUUCUUAGAUUAAUAUGUUAUUUUCAUGUGGAUGACUAAUCUGAAUAUCCUUGUUAUGUCAACAUUAUUUCUUGAAAUUUAUUUAUCAACUAAAAAGUAUGAUUCAUAUAUUAAAAUAACCUUUAUGAAUACCCUUCUUUAUGGAGCAAAAAUAAACAAUUUUAUUAGUCUUGUCAACGGACCCCGAUUUUAACUCCGAAAAAUCCUUCUUUUUAGGUCCGGCUCCGACUCCGAAAAAUAUUUUUUUGCGAUUCCACUUCCAGCUCCGACGCCGAAAAUUUUCAAAUUGUCGAUUCCGAUUCCCGGUGUCGGAGUUGGAAUCGGGUUUCGGAGGGUAGUGCAGUUCUCUAGAGCGUGCCCUCUACUCGAAACUAAGUCCCUAGAUAGCAUUUUAUAUUGUUACCAUUUUGUUUUGUCAGCGUAACAGGUAUAUAAACAUUACAGUUUCCUCCAGAUAUUUUUCAAAGUUUUCGAUCUGAUUCAUUUCCACCUCGUGUCAGAGGUGCUAAGACAGAGUCGUAUAUUAUAAGACUGUCUUACUCAGUGUGGUACUAACGUUAACACCGAAGAAAAAAUGAAAACUGAAAACUGAAAGUAAAAUUCGCUAAUUAGCUACUUUUCAUUUUGGAAUAUCCAUGUCGACUGAAUUUUUAUUGUGCGGGCAUCUAGUUAAAGUAAAAUUGUCUCUUUCAUUAUUUUUUUCUGUCGCAGUGUAUCAUCAGAUGACAGCGACCCCUGCAGCAUAUUCUGUAUAUAUUCGUAUUUUUACAGCUAAUGCGUUAAAUUUUUCGCCAAUGACUCUUACAUCAAACAAAUAAUCUGCGUGAUUCACAGUAUCCAUCUCGGGCAUGCAAGAUUACUGCAUGUCUCUUCAUUCACAUACAUCUGUACAUGAGCGACUUUGCGCUGCCAUUGUACCGUUCAUAUCCGACAUGUAAAAAUGCUGUAACUUUUUGUUAGUGAAUGAAUCUUAACGAAAUUUUUAUGUGUUAUUUAUCUUAACUAAGCUCACUACCACUGAAAAAAUUAACUCACAGUUACAAGUGGUUAUGGAGUUAUUAGCAACUCACCCUAGUCGAGACUCCCGGCAAAACUCCCACGGGACUCCUGUCACGGGGUCCUGCGGGAUCCUGUAGGAUCCUGUAGGAGUCAGGUGGGACUUUCAAGGGAUUUCUCAGGACUCCUGAAGACUCCCGUGGGACUUCUGUGGAGGUUUCGAGUCCUGCGGGAGUCCAACGAAAGUCCUCAGAAUACUCAAAGU